GUUCCAGAUUUCGCUGAUGGAAAAUGACGUUCGCUUGCUGCAACAGUUAUUAGCACUGGGAGAUUCCAUUCAGGAAUUGAAAUCCAGAAGCCAAACUCAUCACUGUAGUCGAUCAUCUUUGAAUUGCUUGGAACAGGAAAAUGAUGACGAUGAGAAAUGGUGGUAUAGUGAGAGGAUGGAAACAACAUUUGGUAAUUCAACAACAGCAGUUACUAAUUUGUACGUGGAUGAUGAACCAAAGGAAAAUCAAAACAAGCAGUACUUUUCUCGUAAAAAUUCUGUCCUUCGCAUACCGAUUCCGCCAAAAAGUACCAAUCGAAUGUCGACAAAUGAAAAAUUGCAUCGUCGAUUAUCACGAUUAUCACAACGGUGCGAUCAGUUACAUCAGCAGCAGCAGCAGCAGCAGCAGCAUAAAGUGAUGGAAAAUUCAUCGCAAAACGAAGAUAAUGCCAUAUCAAGAAGAAAUUUCUUACCGAUCGUGGCUGUAACUUGUUCUUCGUCGUGCCUAGCUAAACCAUUUUCACUACGUGAUGUACCGACAACAGUGGCUAUGAAGCAAACAUUUGAUAUCAGAAAUACCCGCAUAUCCAACGGUAGUAUUGAUAGCGGUAUUCGGGAUGGUAGCUGUAGCAGUUCCUCUGCUGGUAGUUUAAGUCCAUUCUUAAAAGAUGAAAAAUCCUAA